GCAAUCAAGCUCGCCUGAAGAUGGUACUGCCGGCGGGGCUAGUGGCGGAGAAAGCAGCAGCCACUGCUUUCGCGAACGUCGUUAUGGGAAGACUCAACAGCGAGCUUGCGAAGAAGUACCAGAUGUGGAGGAACAUCGAAAGGGAAAGCACAUCUCUGCAAACUGACCUCGGCAUCCUGGCGGCAGCUGUGGAUGACUACCAGACCAUGGCUGGUCAUCCUCCUCGCACGGCCGUCGCGAGGGUAUAUGGCGAGGAGAUCAGCGAGCUGACCCACGAUAUCGAAGAUUGCAUCGAGCGGUUCCUGCACCGCGUCUCCUGCAAAGCCGGAGCAUCGCGGGCUCGGCGCUCAGCUCACGCCAUCAGGACUUUCCGCAUCCGUCUCCGGUUCGCUGCCAAGAUGAAGGAGUUCAGGAACCGUGUGGCGGCAGCAAGGGAGCGGGCGUUGAACACCUUUCUGCUCGCUGAUGGAGUCCAAGCCCAGCCCACAUACCACGAGACCGCACAGCAAGUGAGUUAUGGGCAGGAUCCUGUGGGCAUCGCGGGUGCUACCAGGGAACUUCGUGCGCUGCUCGGCAUCAAACCUAACGAAGAUGAAGCAGAGGGUACUAACACUACCCGGACUGCAGCUCAGCUGCGGGUGGUUGCCGUUGUGGGAUUUGGUGGUUCAGGGAAGACAACCCUUGCAAAGGCAGUCUACGAUAUCGUCCAAAAGGAAGGAGCACUACGCUGUGUUUGGGUUGAUGGUCACUUGCUGGAUAAUAAGGGUGCCAAUGGGGUUGUCAAACAUAUACAAGAUGAGAUUCGUAUGGGGGAAGUGUCUUCCACAACAUCUCCAGCAGAACACCAUGAGGACAGCAGGUACUUAAUCGUUAUUGACGACAUUAAGGAGAAGCACUUGAUGCACUGGAAUACAGUGAGGAAUGCCUUCAGAGAUAAUGGCAGAAUAAUUGUGACAACGUCCACUCAGUCCGUAGCUAAUAGAUGCUGCAAUUAUCCCCGCGAAGAGGAUAGAUGCACCUUUGGUUAUGUGUACAGCAUGAAAACUCUUGGAGAAGAAGAUUCUAGAAAAAUAGCUCUCAUGGGAAGAUGUUCACCUGACUUAGUGCUGGGUGCAGCAAAACUCCUGAAGAAAUGUGGUGGUCUUCCACUUGCUCUUUAUAGUGUGGCAUGCCAAUUGAGCUGUGAAAAGGUACUCACAGGGAAAUUAUGUAACAAAUUGUGCAACGAUCUGGGUACAUAUCUGGAACGUGAAGACGAGCCUAACUUUGCAAGGCUUAGAGGUGUGCUUAGGGAAAAUUAUACCAGUUUGCCUGAUUACACUGUCAGGGCAUGCUUGUCGUACCUAGGUAUAUUCCCAAUGGAUCAUCCCCUCAGGAAGAAUGUCAUAACCAGGAGAUGGUUGGCUGAAGGAUAUGCACGGCAUCAUCAAGGCUGGCACCAAAUUCGUGCUGACGAAACCUUCAAGACAUUUAUCAACCGAAGUAUCAUUCUGCCUGUUGUUCCAAUCAGCAGUAAUACAGAGAAAACAUGGAAAGCUCAUGGUAUUAUGCACGCAUUCAUGUUGAACAAGUCUAUGUCUAAGAAAUUCAUCAUGCCAUUUGGUUCCCAGCACAAAAAAGUCCGUCACUUCUUUAUCCAUGAUAGUAACGGUGGAAGUUCCAGAACAAUGCCUGACAUCGAUUUAUCUCGUGUCAGAUCACUAACUGUUAUAGGGAAUGCAGGUGGUGCUAUUUCCAACUUCGAGAAGUACAAACUUACACGAGUGUUGGACCUGGAAGGGUGCAUUGAUGUGAAAGAUUACCAUCUUAAAGACAUAUGCAAUCUAUGGAAUCUGAGAUAUCUAAGUCUCGGUCCCAGUAUCACAAGGAUUCCCAAGGAAAUUGCACAGCUUAAGUUGCUGGAGACACUUGAUGUAAGCAAGACAUGGGUGAAUGUGCUCCCAGUGGAAGCUAUUGGACUACCCUGUUUGAUUCAUCUGAUUGGAAAGUUUAAGCUUCAAGACUCAUUUAAGACAGAGAGGCUUUCAAAAGAAUGUCGUUUGGAGACCAUAGCAGGAUUUAUCGCUGACAAGAGUAAGGGAUUUUUGCAACUUAUGGACCAUAUGAAAAGAUUAAACAAGGUCAAGAUAUGGUGUGACUAUGAAGAAACUAAACAAGGUCAGGUCGACUUAAAUAACCAUCUUUCCAAGGUUAUCCAAAAGUACAUUGAAACUCCUAUGGGUGAAGACAAUGUUCGCUCACUGUCCCUUGACUUCCAAGCACUGCCCCAAGGUUCCCUGUCUGCUCUAGAUAAAUUAUGUCAACACUACAGUUCAAGGGUGGGACAAUUAUAUCAUCUCAGCUCACUGAAGCUACACGGCAACUCUAACUCAGGCACAUUGCCAAAGUUCGUUGCCUUGUUUCGUGAUCUCACUAAGCUAAGCAUUUUGACCACCCUGUCUGUGACACAACAUCUCCUUUCAGUCACUGGCAACAUGCCUGUCUUGCUGUACCUCAAGAUUACUGCCAACAGCAUCGACGAUUGUUUCAUCAUACAAGAUGGGAUGUUCAGGAGCCUUCACCACCUAUAUCUUGUGCUGAAAGUUGUGGGGACGUCUGUCCUAACAAUCGAAGAUGGAGCUCGGACGGAAAUUAUCUCGCUCCAGAUAAUAUGCAAGGAUCUAGUUGGUCUUUCUGGCGUCGAAAUUAUGCGCCUUCGCGAGCUGAAGGAAAUUGGUCUUCAUCCUGACGUGGAUGAAGAAACAAGAAAAGUGUGGGAAGCAGAGGCAAGGAACCACCAUAACAGACCGAAUGUUUUGGCCAUCGCAAGUGAUCAUGAGGAGAGUCAGGAGACACCAACUGCGGUUGAGAAAGAACCACCAGCAACACGCUCUACCAUGUCUGCGGAGGUGGAGGCAGAGAGUAAUGCUACAGCUCCCAUCAAAUCGGGACACGUGGUUAGUUUCGCUAAAGAAGCUUUGGUGUUGGGCGCAGCCCAACUGCAAGAGGUGGCCCCCUCGGCAACAUGCUAAUGAAGCGAGUAGAAGAGCAGGAUUCCAAUGAGGAAUCUUGACUUUGCAUCCCUUUGAUGAGCACAUCUACCUUCCUGAAGUUUGUUGAAUCUUUUUCUGCUAGGCAAGCCCAUGGUGAUGUUGUAAACCUACCUUAAGUUGGUUCUUGGUUGUUUAACA